AUGUCGAAACUAUACAAGGCGGUUAUCGGUGUUGUGGACAGAUUUGUCCCUAGUGCCAUGCGUCCAUUGUGGGAACAUCCAGCUGGACCAAAAACUAUAUUCUUCUGGGCACCUGCAGGCAAAUGGAGCUUGGUGAUAGCUGGGUUGGGAGACGUGAAUCGGCCAGUCGAGAAUUUAUCUAUUCGCCAGUGCUCGUCACUAGCGAUCACGGGCAUGAUCUGGUCACGAUAUUCUCUAGUUAUAAUACCCAAAAACUACAGUCUUUUUGCCGUCAAUGUGUUCGUAGCUUUAACAAAUUUAUACCAAUUAGGCAGAGCAUACAAGUACAAUACAGAAAAGGAAGCACUUAAAGAGGCGAAGAAAAAAGGAAAGUGA